CACAAUACAUUCGGGUAGUGAGUGCCGUAAACAAAAACAAACCGUUUGAACAACGGAGACAAGACUUACUUUUUUAUGUAAUUUAAAACAAAAAAGAUUUAGGAAAUGAUAUCACUGCGUUGCAGCUUCACGCUGUGCAGCGCGCGAACUAUUCAAAGACUGAGCAGCUGCUAUCAAAGCACGAAGUCCAAGCGGGCUGUGCAAGCAGAGCGGGUGGCUCGUUAUAGCGGUGAAUUUCCAGAGAAAUUGCUCACCAAGAAGCAAAAGGGUGUUUCUCACAUGUAUGUGGCCAAUGCGCAGAUAGCAGAACAGGUUAAUAAUUAUCUGGAGCCACAUCUACGGCAAUCCAAAUGUGACACUGUGAUGGAGCUCAAUCCCGGACCGGGUCAUUUCACGCGGCAUUUGCUGGAUCGCGAAACACAAUUUCGUAAGAUCAUUCUGGUUGAAUCUAUGGAAUACUUUAUGCCACGACUACAGGAGUUGCAUGCAUUGUAUCCGGAACGCGUGAAGGUGCGUUACGGCGAUUUUGUUUCUCUAUGGAAGUUGGCAUUCAUGGAUAAAAUGGAUAGUGGAACGCGCCUGAUCGAUAUGCUAGGCGAUGUGCCCCGAACCGCAUUCAAUGAAGAUAUCAACAUGCUGGUUUUUGGUGCCGUUGGAUCUUAUCCGUUCUUCAAGCAUCUUAUCAACUCGCUGAUAUUCCAGACCAGCCUGUACAACUUGGGUCGGUGUGAGAUGAUUCUAGCGCUGCCGCCGCCUAUUUAUAUUCAUUUGACGUGCUCGAAUAAGAUCGGUUACUUAAUCUAUCGCUCCGCAUCGGUGCUAUUUCAAAUACUGUUUGAGCAUCGUUUUAUAGCCAAGGUGCCGCGCGAAAGUUUCCUGCCCGUGCAAGCUGACUAUAAUCUGACUAAAAGCAGCAAGUUGGGAAAGGUCAAGUCCAUCAAUCCGGAGUAUUUGUAUUUGGUUAAGUUUGUGCCACGUCGUAAUCUGCAUGAAAUAUGCCCAGUUCAAGAUCUGCCUGCCCUCUGGUUCUUUAUAAAGCAAAAUUUUGUCAGUCGCCGCAAUCGUAUCAUACCCAAUCUAGAAAAGUGGGUACCUGGCUGUGGUCCAAGGCUAAUUAUCAAUCAAAAUGCCCCAGAAAGAGUAACACCCAUCUACGCAGAUGAAUCGACCCAGCACUUGCCUCCGUACACGGUGCAGAGUACCAGCAUGAGCACACGAGAUUAUUAUCCCGGCAUUAAUAUAUAUACACAGUUUGGCGAUCUGACACCAAGUCAAAUGUUCACGUUAUUCGCACAGUUUCGUCAAUGGCCAGAAUAUAGCGAGAGCUCAUUUCUUGCUUCCAUGGAGAAUACAUUGCUUAAACUGGAAUCGGUAAACGAUGAGCAAGGCUUGGAGGAUGGUGUCAAUCUAGUCGAAGAGGAUGACAUUAACAGCGAAAGUGUGGAUGAAAUACUUGAGGUCACCGAGGAGCCUGUUCCGGAGCCACCAAAAAGUCGUAGGAAAAUUAAAUUAAAACCUUAAAUUCGAGAACAGCUCGAUUUGCACAUAUACAUAAGUAAUUGUUAUUGUUGCUUUAAGCCAAAUGGUUUUAAAAUCGUUUUGAGUAUUUUAUUGACUUGGCCCGCUUUUA